AUGCCUUCACAUCAGAAGUUCUCGCGUUCGGAACUUAUUCGUCUUCAUUCCAAGACCUUACAAGUUAGCCGUAAUGUUGUUUCGCUGCUCAAAGCAUUUAAUAUCUUCAAGCACCAGAGAGGAAAGAGAGGUGGUAGACGAAAGAAAGUUGAACAAGAACUCUCUAGAAUCCCAGUUCGUAUUACAUGGCGAUCAGCAAACAAAAUCAAUCACACGGAACAAAGGCCUGGGGCUCUUACAAGCAUUCCGUGGAAAGUUAACUCAAAUGUAAGAGCCAGGUACGAUUUCCCAAACAUUCUGUGCUCAAAUUCAAGAUCUAUUAUGAGUAAAAUUGACGAACUUGACGAAAUCAUGAAAGUGUAUUCGAUUGAUAUUACUGCAAUUACUGAAUCUUGGUUAAGUGAAUCUAUUAGUGAUGAUUAUGUAACGUUGGUAGACUAUAAUAUCUAUCGAUGUGACCGAGUUGGGCGAUUAGGAGGUGGAAUUUGUGCCUGGGUAAAGUCCGAUAUUCAACAACAACAAAUUUCUCAACACCAGUGUGAUGAUUAUGAGAGCAUGUGGCUCAAAGUUCGCCCUAGAAAGCUCCCUCGUGGGUUUUCAUCGAUUUUAGUAGGAAUUGUUUACCGACCAAAUAAUACGAAAGAUGCAAAUUUACUUGAACAGCAUAUAAUAGAAGUCACAGACAAUUAUUUGAUCCGUUACCCGGACGCCGGUGUUAUUAUUAUGGGCGAUUUUAAUCGUAUGAAUGUAAAAUCUAUUGAAAGAAAGCUUCAUUUAAAACAAGUUGUCAACUGUCCAACGCGUAAUGACGUUACACUUGACCUUAUUUUAACAAAUAUUUCAGAAUUUUACACGGCACCUCAGCAACUCCCUCCGUUGGGGAGAUCAGACCAUUGUUCAAUCUUAUUUUCCCCCCAGGAUUAUAUUGCUCCUAAGGGACUGAACAAGAUUAUCUAUAGGCGGAAGCUAAAUCGGGAAAAUCUGCAUAAGCUAUCAUUAUGCUUGGAGAAACAGAACUGGUGUGAAGUUUACAGAGCUGACUCUGUUGUAAAUAAGAUGUCAGUGUUUUAUAAUAAAGUUAUCACUGCUCUUGACAAGUUUAUGCCCACCAAACCUUGCCGUUUAAACACCAACGACAAACCAUGGAUGACCAGUUACAUCAAGAACCUCAUUGUUAAACAUCAACGUGCUUGGAAGAAAGGCAAUGUCCCACUUCGUAACUUUUUCCGAAACAAAGUGUCUAAAGAGAUUAAGCUCGCCAUGGGCAAUCAUUAUAGGUAUAAUCUAGAUAACACAAGGUCCUGCAACCCCAGAAAAUGGUGGAAGGGUGUUAAAGCAAUAACUAGGCAGAAACCAAACAAGAUUCCUGAUAAGUUAAGAUUUGGUGGUCAUGAAGCAACUGGGGUUGAAUUAACAGAACUAAUUAAUAGUGUGUUUCUGCGGAUUGUUGACGAAUAUCAGCCCCUGGAACCAGUACCUACCCCUCCAGAUCUUAUAGUCCCUGAUAAUUUCUUGCUAUCAACUUGUCAAGUGUCCCGAAAACUGUUUAACCUUAAUGCCAAGAAGUCCUGUGGUCCUGAACCUAUCCCUACCAUUGUGUUAAAGAACUUGAGCACAAUUUUAGCCCCACCUUUAACUAAUAUCUUUAAUUCUUGUUUAAUGGAAGGUCUUUUUCCAUCUGAAUGGAAGAGUGCUGAUGUCUGCCCAGCCCCCAAGAAAACCAAAGUUGUUGAUAUAGAGAAUGAUUUAAGACCCAUAUCACUUACCUCACCAGUAGCGAAAGUCUAUGAGAGUCAUCUUAACUCACUACUACUUGAUCAUGUUGGCCCCAAAUUGGAUGAUCGCCAUUUCGGAUCUGUUAAAGGUUCGUCCACAACCUGUGCAUUGGUGGAUCUCAUGAACUUUCUAUAUUCCAAUACCGACAACCCAAACGAUGCAAUUAGACUCUGUUUUUAUGACUUGAGUAAAGGCUUUGAUGGAGUGGAUCAUAACAUCUUAUUGGAUAUCCUGAGAGAAUUGGAUGUCCAUCCUGUUCUAAUUCAGAGUAUUCGUAGUUUCUUGACAGGAAGGCACCAAAGAGUGUGUGUCAACGGUUUUUCAUCUGAAUGGAAACCGGUACCAGCUGGAAUUCCGCAGGGUAGUGUUUUAGGACCUACUCUUUUUCUAUUAAUGGUAAACGCUCUGGCUUACAGAGAAUCGUGGAGAUGGAAGUAUAUGGACGACCUGACUAUUAGUGAGACCCUUCAUAUUGUGAAUAACUUGUGCUCUAGUAAUCUCCAACAAAGCUCGAAUGAUAUUUGUGAAUUUGUACACGAAAAGAAAAUGAUGCUGAGAAUGUUUGUCUGUUUCAAAAGAGUACCUCCAGUGAUUGAUAAUAUUACCAUCAACAACGUCCCAAUUGAAAGGGUAUCUACCUAUAAAUUACUUGGGGUUAAUCUGUCAUCAAAUCUUAAGUGGAAUGAGCAUGUCAAUAUGAUAACAAAGAAAGCUGCGAAGCGUAUUUACUCUGUGAGACUUCUGAAAAGGGCGGGCAUUGCAGAUACGGACUUGGUCACUUUCUACUCAACGUGCGUAAGAACAGUAUUGGAGUAUGCUUGCCCUGCAUGGUUUUACAGUACUACUGAAUACCUUAGAGAACAAAUUGAAUCCAUCCAACGCAGGAUCAUGCGAAUAAUUUUCCCUGAUACUAGUUACCAAGAAGCCUUAGAUCUUGCUGGCAUCCCUCGGCUAUGUGUGAGAUUGGAAGACCUGUGUGACAUGUUUUUCUCCAACAUCAUGAAGGAAAACCAUAAACUACAUGACCUUUUACCACCUACUUACCAAACUCAUUAUAAUACCAGGUCCCAGGCCUCUGGAAUACAAUUCCAGUUGCCAACAUAUAAAACUAAUAGAUCUCGAAACAAUUUUAUUGUCAAAUCUGCUGUGAAAUGGAACAAUACGAUUAGGAAGAACAUAGGGAAUGUAUAG